AUGGCCGAACACAUACCCACUGAACGAGAGUUGAUGUUGACAGGUAAGUUAUACGACAGCACAGUUCCAGACUUGAUAAACGAGCGAAGAGUCUGCAACGAGAAGAUCAUUGCUUUCAAUAACGAACCAAAAGAAGAGAAGAGAGACGUCAUCCUUCGUGAACUUCUUGGGGCAUGUGGCGAAAAUGUCACAUUUCUUCCUCCAUUCCACUGCGACUAUGGAAAGUACAUCCAAGUCGGCUCAACGACGUUUGCAAACUACAAUUUGGUUGUUCUAGAUGCAAACCCUGUCUAUAUUGGAAGUCAUGUUCUAAUUGGUCCAAACGUCACAAUACUUGCAGGUACUCACCCAACAGAUCCAACUAUCAGAAACGCCCUUUUGGAGUACGGAUUUCCAACACGAAUCAAAGACGGUGCUUGGAUAGGUACUGGCGCCAUCAUCAUGCCAAAUAUCACAAUCGGCGAAAAUUCAGUUGUUGGUGCGGGGAGUGUCGUCACUAAGGAUGUCCCAGACAACACUGUCGUUGCUGGUAAUCCGGCCCGAGUCAUCAGAAAAGUAGAAACACACCCGGGUUGGACUACACAAGACAGAAACGUGCCAAUCAAGUGA